UGAGUCUGCAAUUCCGCUCGAUGGAGCAUCAAUACGUGCUCGUGCGCAGUUUGAUUUAGACGCAGCAAAAUGGGACUGUAAAUCCUACAAUGUACCGAUACGUGGCUGUAAUAUUAUUGAUCUGUGACUAUGUGAGGGGACCCCCUCCCGUAAGGUUGACAAUUGAUUGCGGCUCUGAGGAAAAGGAUUCACUCCUCGACGGAUUCCGACCGUUCAAGCAAAGAUCAGCUUCAGGGAACCUUGACAUCAAUUCUUUCUGCAAUAUGAUCCAAAGAGCCAUACCGAAAGCUAUCAAAGACGGAAGAUUCGUUCCUGUAGAUGAAGAUGAUGAUCAAGACGGACUUGGCAAUGCCCUAACUCCAAUAUCAGUGGCUCCACCCAACGGUUUUAUACCAAACUUCCCUAAACUAAAGACUCCAAGGCUCAAAAUCCCUCGAAUAAACGUCCCAACACUAGGAGUACCUGAAAGAACGUUCUCUGCUCCAAGAGUAGGGUCUCCAAUGAGCUUCUCCAAAUACAGAGAGCCUGAAGAAGAGACCAGUGCGGAGAAGAUGGAGAAAUUCAAGAAGGGGGUACAGAAGAUGCUACACGUUGUGAAAGUGCUGGGGAAAAUUGACCAUUAUCUGUCUGAAAGGACUAGGAUUAUAAUCGAGAAAUUGUCUAAAACUUUUGCUGAGUAGUAUCUACCUAACUUAUAAAUAAAAAACUCAUUUACG